CCUAAAUUGUGCAAAGAGUGCAUUUUCACAAAGGAAUUCUUAUCAAAUUACGCGAUGCCAUCGAUAUUUAUCUCUCAGCACUAAUUCCGCAGAAUGUGUGCAAAUUCCGUGGCUUCUGGUCUUUCCCGGAAGGCCACUAAAUUCAUUUUUUGCCAACUUGCGAUCAGUUUUUGUGAAACUUUGACUACUUAGUGUAAAAUUUGUUUAAUAAAAAAGCUUAAAGAUUCAUCUUGAGAUCCCUGAGAUCACCCCAGAAGCCAAAAACUUCGAUAAGAUCGCGAUCUUUGGUGGAAAGAUCAGCAAAGAUCACUCAAAAUUGACCAAAAAAAGUCAUAAAAAAUAUGAUUCAGUCAUCAGUUGGUAAUCUUUUGGCUCCUGAUGGAGGAUGGGGAUGGAUGGUUGUCCUGGGAGUAGCCCUGGCCAAUAUCUUCAAUCAAUCCCUCAUCUCUGUUUUUGGGCUCCUCUUCAGCCAGCAAUUGGCGGAAUUGGGACAGAGCACAACAGGAGUGGCGCUCGUGAUGAAUGUCAAUAGUAUCGUGACCAAUGCGACUGGUUUCAUCAUUGGACCAGCCAUUAGAACCUUCUCAGCGCGCCGUGUGGCCAUUUUUGGGAGCCUCCUCACGGGAACAGGGCUCAUCAUGAGCAGCCAAUCACGGACACUGUGGCAGAUUCUCAUCUCCUACGGUGGACUCGUUGGCCUGGGGCUGGGACUCCUCAAUCCCUCCACCUUUAUGGCCGUCAAUAGCUACUUUGCCCGUCGACGUGGCCAAGCUGUGGGGCUAGCCCUCGCCGGCACGGGAAUUGGUCAAAUGGUGAUGCCACAGAUUGUAAAUUACCUCCAGGAGGAGUAUGGCUACCGGGGGACUGUUCUAAUUGUCGGGGCACUCGCUUUCCAUGGAAUAGUCGGUGCUUGUCUCUUCCAACCCGUUGAAUGGCAUUCCUAUGCACCACAUAAAUCCCAGGAGCAUGAAAAACUCCUUGCCAGUGAUCCUCCAGCAGCACAUCAAAAGAUCCCCGAAACUGUUGCGGAGAAGCUCCGGAGGAUGAUGGAUCUCAAUCUCCUCCGUGACUUCUCCUUCCUCAACAUUGGCCUGGGAGUUUCUCUCGCCUACACUGCUUCCAUUAACUUCUCCAUGAUCUUCCCGUACUUCCUCCAGUUCUCAGCUGGACUUAAUGGGCAGGAUGUUGCACUUUGUAUGUCUGUUCUGGCUGCCAUGGAUCUGGCAUCGCGAUUAACCCUUCCCACGCUAACAGAUCGCUUCCAAAUCUCCUGCCGAACAAUUUUCCUCAUAGGAGCUAUUCUCCUCAUUGGGAUUCGUGCCACAUUGGCGGAAACAUCCCGAAAGGAUAGUCUCCUGAUAAUUUCAGCCGUCUAUGGGUACAUCCGGGCAGCCACAGUCGUUAAUCAGAAUCUCUGUGUGUCUGAACAUUGUUCACAGGAAAAAUUAGCCGGAGCCCUGGGACUCGUAAUGAUAGCCAAAGGAAUUUCUGUGAUAACUCUGGGACAACUCCUUGGGUGGCUACGUGACUUAACGAGCAGCUAUCGCUUUUCCCUACACAUGCAGAAUGCCCUACUUGUGGUUGUUCCCGGUUGUACCCCGCUUCAAGGGGUAAUUUUUGGGGGUUCAAAGGAGGGAAAGGGGAGCUUUUGGGCACAAAAAUAA